GCACUACCUGAUUAACUUUUAUGGAAAAGACAAUGGGGCUUGUCGUUUCCAAUGCCUACAUAUAUUUCUAUAAUUAUAAACCCUGCGAGUGCCAAAAAUUAUUUUGAUCACCAUCUAAAGUUUCUUGGCUUUCUGAUAAUAUCUAAGCUUCUAUGUUGGAUUCAGCUCCAAAUCCUUAAAGAUCAAGGAAGAAUUCAAAGGAGGAGGCUUUUGAAGGUCGCCUGAGAAAGUCUUUGUUUUGAUAGUUUCGGACAAUACAAUACACAGCAUGGUGAGGAAAAGGAGAACCCAGGCUGCUAGUGAUGGUGAGACCAUGAAAUCUACAGAAACUGCUGGUGUCGUGGGCUCUGUUGAGAAGUGCCCCCAGGAAAGGAUUCCACCACCAUCGCAAGGGGGUGGAAGAGGCGGCAGAAGUCAGCAAAGUAAUUCGCCACCAUCGCAAGGGGGUGGAAGAGGUGGCAGGGGCCAGGAAAGCACUUCGCCACCAUCGCAAGGCGGUGGAAGAGGCGGCAGAAAUCAGGAAAACACUCCAAUACCAUCACAAAGGGGUGGAAGGGGCGGCAGAGGUCAGGAAAGCUCUCCAACAUUAUCACAUGGGGGUGGAAGAGGCGGCAGAGGUCAAGGAGGAAGAGGUUCCUCAUUUCCAUCACAGCAAGGACCAUUUGGAGCAAACGGUGGGCGUGGGUAUGGACGGGGACCGGGAAGAUAUCAAUCACAUAUUGAGGUGACAGUGCCGCAGCAAAACGUUGUUCCCAUGCAUGGAUCUGCUUACCAAGGUGGUGGCAAUAUUAGUGGCGGUCUUUCUUCUUCUGUUACUAUCCCCGCGCUGCACCAAGCUUCUCCAGCUGCACCACCUGAGCUGAAUCCCUCAGCUGUAAAACAACAAUUACAAAAGCUUUCAGGGCAAUCUGUUGGAGCUUCAAUCACAACUGUUCAAUCAGUGGGGACAUUCCCCGCCCGCCCUGGCAAGGGCACAGCUGGGGUCAGGUGCCUAGUCAAGGCGAACCAUUUCCUUGCAAAGCUACAAAUGCACAAGGAACUUUACCACUACGAUGUAUCAAUUACUCCAGAAGUUACUUCUUGGGGUGUGAACCGUGCAAUUAUGAAGCAACUGGUAAACUUAUACAGGAACUCGCAGCUUGGAGGACGACUUCCAGCUUAUGAUGGUCGACAUAGUCUAUUCACUGCUGGAGAACUACCUUUCGCUUCAAGAGAUUUUUCGAUUACUUUGCCCAAUGAAGAUGAUGGGAUGGGCAUCUCCAGGGCAGAGAAAAAGUACACAGUUACCAUCAAAUUGGUGGCACAUCCUGAUUUACACCAUUUAGAAUUGUUUUUGCAAGGUAGACAGACAGACAUGCCUCAAGAAGUUAUUACAGUUCUCGACGUUGUCCUUCGACAAGAGCCCACUGCUAAGUAUCCCGCUAUAGCUCGAUCAUUUUAUUCUCCUACAUUUGGUAGAAGGCAGUCCCUUGGUGAGGGCUUGGAAAUUUGGCGUGGUUUUUAUCAGAGUAUCCGUCCUACCCAAAUGGGUUUGUCAUUGAACGUUGAUAUGUCAUCAACCGCAUUCAUUGAGGCCUUGCCGGUCAUUGAGUAUGUGUCUCGUCUCUUGAAUCGGGACGUUAGAGGCAGACCAUUGACGGAUUCUGAUCGCGUGAAGAUUAAAAAAGCACUUAGGGGUGUAAAAGUUCAAGUCACACACCGAGGAAAUAUGCGUAGAAAAUACUGCAUAUCUGGCAUAACAGCAAGCGCAACGCGUGAACUGACUUUUCCUGUUGAUGAUAAAGGAACCCUAAAAUCUGUUGUUCAAUAUUUUCAAGAGACGUACAAUUUUACUCUGCAACAUACCUCAUGGCCUUGUCUUAUAGUGGGGAAUCAGAGAAAUCCAAAUUAUAUGCCCAUGGAGGUAUGCAACAUUGUGGAAGGUCAGAGGUACACUAAGAGGUUGAGUGAGAGGCAGAUUACUGCUCUGUUGCAGGUGACUUGCCAGAGUCCUCGUGAUCGAGAAUUAGAUAUCUUGCAAACGGUUGGUCAAAACGAAUAUGACAAGGACCCCUAUGCAAAGGAGUUUGGUAUCGAGAUCAGCAAGGAACUUGCUUCCGUUGAAGCCCGCAUACUACCCGCACCUUUGCUUAAAUAUCACGAGACAGGAAGGCAUAAGAGUUGCUUGCCAACAGUCGGGACGUGGAACAUGCUCGAUAAGAAAAUGGUGAAUCCCGGAAAAGUGGAUAACUGGGUAUGCAUAAACUUUUCCCGCAAUCUGCAAGAAGUUUCUGUGACUAAUUUCUGUGCAGAGCUUGCGCAAAUGUGCUGCACUCAUGGCAUGAUAUAUAACCCUGGUCCAAUCUAUCCACCAUACAUGGUUACUCGUCCAGAUCAGCCCGACAGAGCUUUAAAGGAUCUCAACAAGUAUGUCAAGACCAAACUCCAGCCGCAGGGCAAGGAACUAGACCUGUUGAUUGUUAUUUUGCCCGACAGCAACGGUUCUCUCUAUGGUGAUGUGAAGCGUAUCUGUGAAACAGAACUUGGACUUGUUUCCCAAUGCUGUCUAACAAAACAUGUUUAUAAGCCGCAAAGGAAGUAUUUGGCAAAUGUUGCACUGAAGAUAAAUGUGAAAGUUGGUGGAAGGAACACAGUCCUUGUUGAUGCUUUGUCAAGGAGCAUACCUCUGGUCAGUGACGUACCAACCAUCAUAUUUGGUGCCGAUGUAACCCAUCCCCGCCCUGGGGAACCAAAUGCCCCCUCUAUUGCCGCUGUUGUGGCGUCUCAAGAUUGGCCAGAAGUCACAAAGUAUUCUGGUUUGGUUUGUGCCCAAGCUUCUCGCCAGGAAAUCAUCGAAGAGAUGUACAAAGAGACCCGUGGUUCUGAUGGUGGAAUCAUAGAAGGAGGCAUGGUCAAGGAACUCCUACUUUCUUUCUAUGAAGCAACUGGACGGAAACCUGAGAGGAUUAUAUUUUACAGGGAUGGUGUUAGUGAAGGACAGUUUUAUCAAGUUUUAUUUCAUGAACUGCAUGCCAUCCGCAUGGCAUGCAAAGCUAUGCAGGAAAAUUAUCAACCCCCUGUGACAUUUGUAAUUGUUCAAAAGCGUCACCGCACAAGAUUGUUUGCAGAUAAUAAUAGAUCUAAUGCAGGUGAUAAAAAUAUCAAAUUCGGAAACAUUUUACCAGGAACUGUUGUAGACUCCAGUAUCUGCCACCCCACUGAAUUUGAUUUCUAUCUGUGCAGUCAUAAAGGCAUCAAGGGAACAAGUCGGCCAGCUCAUUAUCAUGUACUUUGGGAUGACAACAAGUUCACAGCUGAUGAGCUUCAGACCCUGACCAAUAAUCUCUGCUACACGUAUGCAAGGUGCACCAGUUCUGUAUCUAUCGUACCUCCGGCAUAUUAUGCACAUCUUGCUGCUUUUCGAGCUCGCUGCUAUAUGAUGGAUCAGGAGAGUUCUGAAAAUGGAGCGGUAUCGAGCAAUGCUGUCCCAACUAGUAGGGGUGCAGGCAGCAACUCAAGGCCAGUAAUUAGCGCUACUCCUGUUCCAGUUAGACCACUCCCUGCUAUCAUGGAAAACGUGAAAAAGGUUAUGUUCUACUGUUAGAUGAAGAUAACAUUUAUGCUACUUCUUUCUUUCGUUUCGUAUUGGACGAAUAUCUUUUAAUUUGGUUGAUUGAACCAUAUGGCUGAUGUAUUAUGUUGCGAUACCAAUACCAUAUAUAGCUAGCUUUCCUUAUUUAAUUAAAUUCGGUUUACCUUAGUUAGUUUCCUUAUUUUAGUUGGCUUCUUUAAAUCGAUAUUACUUGAUAAACAAGUAUAGAUUGCUUUAAAUACUCAA